AUGUCCUCCAAAAAGUCGGUGGUCACCUCCAUCUCCGCUGUGCCGGUUACCGUGGAGCGGAAGCCAUUCCAACAACCCGAGAGCGACGAGAGACUGUCCCACACUGGCACUGCUCGGGCCAAUAUCGCGGCGACAUACGAGAAUCCCAGAGGUACCACGGAAUAUGACUGGGCGAAGCUUCAUCGUCACCAGACCGUAUUGCAGCAGCAUUGCGAGUUCUUCGACGCGGAUCGCGAUGGUGUCAUCUGGCCACUCGACACCUUCAAGGGAUUCUACAAGCUCGGCUUUGGGCUGAUUCUUUCCGUCCUCUCUAUGCUCAUCAUCCACCUCAACUUCUCCUAUCCUACUGUGACAGGAUACCUGCCCGACCCGAUGUUUCGCCUCUUCCUGGAGAAUAUCCAUAAGGACAAGCACGGCAGUGACAGCGGAGCGUAUGAUACGGAGGGCCGCUUUGUCCCCCAGAAGUUCGAGGACAUGUUUUCCAAGUAUGCCAACGGCAAGGACUACAUGACUUUCUCGGACGUCAUUGCCCUGCUCAAGGGCAAUCGGGUGGUUGUUGAUCCAUUCGGAUGGUUCGGCGCGUUCUUUGAGUGGUCGACUCUUUACUACAUGCUGUGGCCUGCUGAUGGCCGUAUGAUGAAGGAUGACGUCCGUGGCCUCUACGACGGCAGCUUGUUUUACAGGGUCGCAUCCCGGAGAGCAGCCAAAGAGGACCUCAGCGCGAAGGAGUACAACUAG